AUGUAUGGCCUCAUCUUUACCACCGUCAAGGAUUUGGUGCUCAAGAAGUUCGGCGAGGCCGUAUGGCUGGACCUCCUGGCCAAGGCCGGCAUAACCCAGGACUUUGUGGAGAACAAAAACUACGACGACCAAGUCAUCUACACCCUCCUCACCGUCGCCGCCCAGGAGCUGAACACAACCGUGCCUGAGCUGCUUGAAGCUAUUGGCUACUGGUUCCCCAUCUAUGUCAAGUCGACUGCCUACGGGAAAGUGCUGUCGAGCGCCGGCAACUCGCUCAAGGAGAUUCUCACCAACAUCAACACCAUGCACGGACACAUCAAGAUGGGCUACUUCUCCGAGAUGCGACCACCCACGUUCCGAAUUACGAGGGAGAAGGCCAACAAGAUGCAGCUGCACUACCUGUCCGGCGUGCCGACCCGCAAGGGUCUUUCUCCUCUCGUCGUCGGAAUCAUCAAGGGUCUCGGCGAGGAGCACUUGCAGCUGUCGGCCCUCAAGAUCAAACAAAAGAAGUGGAUCGACAAGGGCGCCGAGGAGGACGUCUUUUCGGUCAAGUGGAAGAUCAGCGGCUCUGCGAAGAAGAGGUUGCUCGAUGAAUCGGUGAGCACGACGCCGCUCGUCUACGGCCUGGACCCGCAGGGACUCAACAAGGCCUUCCCCUUCCACUUCAUAUUCAACCAAAAGCUGGAGAUCCUCCAGUGCGGCAAGUCGCUGUCGCGGUUGGUUCCGAUGAUGGUCGGCGACCAGGUCACCAACUUCUUCGAGCUGGUGUCGCCCGCGAGGGCCUCGUUUACCGAUUGGAAGUUCCUGACCAAUCGGGGCAAGACCGAGGUCUUCGUCUUCAAGCACGCCUACGAUGACUACAAGUCGCUCAAGCUCAAGGGCCAGCUGAUCUGGCAGCCGAUGCUGCGAUCGAUGUGCUUCGUCGGGUCGCCGCUGCUCACGUCGCUCGAGGACCUGGACUACUUCGGCCUCAACCUGAGCGACUUUGCCGCACACGACCCGACCAAGGACGCCCUCUUCAUGGGCCACGCAAAGGACGCCAACCUGCACGCCAGCGACCCCCAGCACACCGACGCCGCCUCCACCCUCGCCUCGUCGCUCUCCUCCUCCUCGUCCGACAUCACCCUCGCCUCCGACUCGUCGUACGUCUCGCUCCAGUCGUCCGACGCCUCGUCAUCGUCGCCCACGCCCAUCCAGCACAGCUCAGUCAACCUGCCCGGCCUGGGGGUCCCACUCUCGUCCGUCACCUUCCCCUUAUCGGAGUCAUCGCCGCCCUCGCCGCACGGGCACAUGCCCGCAGUGCCGCCGCCGUCACCGCUCAACAGCUUCGUGCUGUCGCCCCGCAUUCCACAGUCCAACAGCGAUUCGACACACACGCACACGCGCCGGCCGUCGUCGGCCGGCGGCUGCCCGUUCUCCGCCGUGUCGUCGUCGGCCUCGGCGCUGCCCACGCUCAAGUCCAACUCCAGGGACCGCCCGCCCGCGCAGCAUAGCCCGCCGCCGACCACCGCAGCCUCUCCGCCCGCACCCCUGCGGAGCCCCGUGACGUCAUCAUCGCUGCUCGACAAACUGUUCGGGUCCAAGCAGAAGAGCUCCUACUCGCCCAAGGCUACCAAGGCCGACAAGGACAAGGGCCUCGGCCUGCUCCACACAACCGGCGGCAUCAACGGCAAGUCGGCGCCGCGCCCGCAGCCGCUCCGCGCGUUACUCAGCGCCGCCGGCAACGGGCUCAUCGGCAGCAGCGGGCAGAGCACCAACAGCUCCGCGACGAGCUCGGUGGACGACCCCGGCAAACCCGACAGCGGGCGGAAGCGUAGCAAGAGCUGCUCGGACAGCGACGAGCUGCUGGUAAUCGACGACGAGCAGCAGCUGCCCCUGGUGCCCGGCGACCACAAGCUUCACGCGGCCAAGCCCAAGCCGGGGCGACGCGGGGUGAUCCCCGACGCGCGCCUGAGCGACCGGUCGGUGAGCGACGAGGAGACGCCGCGUUCGGAGGGACGCAGCCUGCGGGCGUCGCCCCAGCACGCCAUCCCUCCCGCCGGUCCCCUCUCACUGCAUGGCCGCGAGCGCCUCGAGAACGCCUUCCAGGAGCUUUUGCUGGACGACUCGCGACGAAACUUCAAGCUGGUGAUGGAGCUGCUCAACCUGACCUACGCCGAGUCCAGCGUCGACAAGCUGGUCCACGCCCUCCUCGAGUUCUACAACUACCAUGGCAAAACGAUCAACUUCCUGCAGAAGGCGAUCGAGUUGGAUGUCCGAUCGGCCAACGAGGAGGGCGUGCUGAUGCGCAGCGAGACGGUGGGCACGCGCGUGCUGAGCCUCUACAUCAGCGGUGCCGGCCGCGAGUACGUGCGCGAGCUGGUGGACCCGCUGAUGGCCCGGAUCGCCAGCGCCGUGGCGGCCAAGCUCGAAGUCCUCCCCAACCGCGCCCCGUCGGACAAGCACACCGCCGUCCUACUCGAACUCUCCCAGGCCUUCCUCGAGCAGACCUGUCGCUCGGCCGACGAUUGCCCUCUAGGCAUCCGGCGAGUGCUGCACAUGGUGGGCGAGGAGGUGGGCAAGCGAUGGCCGCAGAUGCAGCAGUCGGGAAUCCUCAACCUCCUCUUCCUCCGCCUACUCACCCCCGCCAUCCUGUCGUCGUCCGGCGUGAACGAUACGACGCGCCGUGUGCAGCUGUUGGUGACGAAGCUGAUACAGAACCUGGCCAACGACGUGCCGUUCGACGGGCGCAAGGAGGAGCACAUGAAGGCGUUCAACGCCUUCAUCAACGAUUCCAACCAGCGACUGCUUCAGGCCUACGUGGCCGCACUCACCGACGAGGAGGCGAUUCACGACGCGAUGAACUACCAGGCCAGCAUGAGCCGAUACACGCCCACUCCGCCGCCCGAUUACGUGGCUGCGGAGGAGGCGCUGGGCACCAUCCGCGACACGCUCACCGUGCACCUGGACAAGGUGUGGAAGCUGGCCCUCACUGACGACCACACCGGAACGAUGCUGCGCCGCUUCCUGUCUGUGGGGCUGUGCCAGAUGUACAGCUCCAAAGGGGCGCCGGUGGAGGUGAGCAACACAGAGAUGCAGACGCCGCAGAUGGCCGACUCGUGGAACGGGCACAUGGGUACACAGGCCCCGCAUUGCUUGGCUGCCGUUCUGAUGGGCAAUUAA